AUGAUGUUGCAGGACGUCGAUGAAGUUAGGAGGUCUCACAUGGCCAGCCAGGAGGAUGAAUCAAUGUCUGUCUCCGCCAAAUCUCUUGCGAACCCACGGGACAUGCAAAAGGAAUUGGACCAGUGGCGACAGCAAAGAUCCGUCAGGCAAGCCCGAGCCAAAGAGAAUAAAGAAAACACAGUGGAGAAGACUUCGGGGGCCGUACCCAGAAAGACAUUCAGGGGAGGCGGGGCAGCUCUUUCGCUCCGGUGCUGCUCCAACGUCGACCGCGGGCCUGUGUCAUCACAGGAACGCGACAUGCGCAAGGAGCUGGAGUGCUGGAAGGCCAGAAGGCAAACCAGGGGCAAGGAGAAUCUGCCUUUUCAGGCCACAACACCCAGAUCAACCGUUGACGUUCGUGAAAGCCCGCGGUUACGAGAAGCGAGAGAUGUGGGGUGCUCGUCGCGGUCCAGCGGCUCCAGAGCCCCCAGGCAAGGAUGUGCUGUAACAACAGCCAUUGCAGCUUUGCAGACAUCCAUACCUCUGGCACCACCACCUUCGCCCACUCACUCAGACCGAGCUUGUGGUGGAGUUACGGCGCUCGAGCCCCACGCGCUGCAUGCCGCAGUGUUGGCGGCCUUCGAGGUGCUGGAAGAGCCUCCAAGCGAGGCUGAAACCCGAAACAGCAACGCUUGCGCGCCUGAACGCAGCUCAGAGGCUGAAAGCUCGUGCAAGGAGGAGGAUCGCACAGGUGCUGCGGCAACAGCGGCAACGGCAGCAGCGGCGGCAACUGCCAGGCUUGAACUCGAUCUGGAGGCAUCUGUGGAUGAGGAUGCUGACAAAGAGGAGGUUCUGCAUCAACAGCACCUCGAGCUUUUGGACCGUCUUGCAGCGUUGGAGGAAGCAGUCAGGCUGGAAGCAAAAGGCGAAGCGGCGGAGCAGGAGUUGCAGGCUCAGUUUGAGCAAGUGACGGUCGAGCUGCAGGAUCCGCUGAAAGAGCUGAGACCUAGGUGUCCAGCGGCAUGUGGUCACUUGGCCAGCGCAGACAGCGCUCGACAUGGAGGUCUGGAUGUUCCAGUGAUGUCACCACUUGCCCAGGCCAAGCAAAUUUCGGAGCAGCGGAGCAGCGGAGCAGCGAAGCAACAGUGUUCAGCACAGCAAGAGUGGAGGACCACCUCAGCAGGGCUCACGACAUCUUCACCUUCUGGUUCUUCGAGGCAAAAAGCAUGCACUGGGGCACUUGGCCUGUACUUACCCGAACAAACUGGAAGCGCCCAGAUGCGCGAGCGCAUCAAGACGUCGCUGGACUUCAAAACCCCGCAGCAGAAGCCCAUCUCGCUUGCACCCAUUUUCGAGGCAUUUCUGAAGUUUCCUCGGACAGUUUUCCUGUGGUGGAUCCUCUUCGAAGUUGAUUCAGCAGCCAGGACUAGUGGCACUCGAUCUGAGUGGCCUUGUGAGACGGGCGCGCGUUGCACGCAGAGACUUCAAACCUUCGUGAACCUCGACAGGAACGACUUCGAGUUCGGACAACAGCUCGGGCGAGGAAGCUUCGGGGUGGUCUUCAAAGUUCGAAGAAAGAACGAUGGACUCACCUGUGUCUGCAAGCAGAUCCAGUUGAGCAACUGCAAGCCACGAGCUCGCGAUGAAGCGAACCGGGAGGUCAGUCUUCUUAAACGGGUCUCGCGUGGAUGCAACUACAUCGUCCAGUAUGUGGGAUCUUUUCUGGAAGGGGAGUCCUUGCACAUCCUGAUGGAGUACUGUGAGAAAGGAGACUUGUGUCAGUUCCUCAAAGCUCGUGACCGCAGCCUUGAGGAGCGGGCAGUUUGGAAAUAUCUUCUGCAGAUUGGCCUAGGGCUGAAAUGGCUCCACCAGAACAGGAUACUGCAUCGCGACAUCAAGACCAUGAACGUGUUCCUGAAGACCAACGAUGACGUCCGUUUGGGGGACCUCGGUGUAGCACGUGUGCUCAGCAACACCAGCUUCGCACACACGUUCGUUGGAACUCCGUACUACCUGUCCCCCGAGAUCUGUGAGGAACGGCCAUACAACGAGUUAAGUGAUGUUUGGGCGUUUGGUUGUGUUGUCUAUGAGAUGUGCACAUUAAGGCAUCCCUUUGAAGCCAAGAAUCAAGCUGCCUUGCUUAUCAAGAUCCUUCGAGGACAGUUUGCUCCCAUCGACGCCUCGUACUCGCAGGAAUUGCGCGACCUGAUCGAGGGGUGCAUGCAGCGUGAGCUGCCAAAGCGCACCAAGCUCUCAACCAUGUUUUCCAGACCGGUUGUUCAGUCCUGGGCUACGCACCUCGCGAUCUCGCUGGAAGCCGAAGCUGACAGCGCUCCUCUCAAAAUACAUCGGAGGCUGCCCCCUCAGGCGCCAUCAAGAGCAGCGCGCUCUACAAAGGGCAUCCCGCGCACCCGAGUCCGAUUAGACCCGCGCGCCGGGGGCCGUCGUGAGGAGAUAAAGGAAACGCUGGUGGCUCCAAAGACCCGAGCCGAGACAAGGACACAGGCAGCUAAAGGCCUGUAUGAUGAAGGAAGAGCAAAGCAAGCGCGCGACUGCGAGCAGGCCCGUCUAAAGGCAGAAGUUGCCGAACUUCCCGACGUGGUUGUUGCCACAUCCCGAACAAGUCGGAACGUCCCAUCUGUCCAGCAGCUGUUAAAGAUGGACGAUUCACCUGUCAAACGCCUCCUGCAGAGGAAUGGUGGCAGGCUGACACAGGCCGCAUUGGAAGAGGCAGAUCCUGAGCCCAUUGAGGAGGUGACGAUUCGCCCUGAAGUUGCAGCAGAUCGACAGGAGGUUUCCGAGGGUGGACUGGAGGAUCUGGAUGGAUGUGCUGAGAUUGAGGAGGAGCUCGUGUCCGAGCCGGACGGUGAUGCUGAAAUAACGCACCAAAGUGUCUUCGAGGACUCGCUUCUCUACACCGGCACAUCCCUGGGUGACACGGUGGACGGUCGAAUGGAAGCAGAAUGGAGUGUCGAUGAGGAGCCGUUUGCUCUUACGGCGACACUGGACGAUGGGCUCCUUUGCGAUUCCUGUGAUCGGCGCUUUCUUGAGCCGUCUGGAAGCCAGGCAGAUGGUAUCUCCGAGCACGCCGAUCCCGCUGAUCCAGCGCUGCCAGCUACAAUUGAGGAGGAGCCAGAGACCCUACCGGACUGCGGGCCUUUGUGGCAUAGAGAGCAAGCUGGACCUGGCCGACCAGAAGCCGAGCUUGCGAGACUUACGUCGCAAAUCCAACGAUUGUACUCAGGUGUGGUCAGAGACCUGGACGCUGGUGCUCGUGCAGUUUGGGAUGAGCUGUAUGCACUCUUCCAGGACAAGAUGAGUGUGGAGAUGACUGACGAGGAUCAAAGUGAAAUCGAAGCAUUCAUUUUUGAGCACCUGCCUACUGAAAGCACAGACUUGAUAUGGAGGGUCUACAAGGUCAAGCUCUUAAGUCGGCAAGAUUGCGAACUUUCCUUGGGAGUGAAGUGA